AGAGUGGUUCUCAAGGUACAUUGACGACGAGUGACACUUUGAUCCCAAAACGUAAAAGCGAAGCAUGCUACUUGCUGGUUCAUAUCCGUUGAGGCUCUGAGAGAGAGAGAGAGAGAGAGCGGAGGGAGGAAGAUGGGGAGUAGAUCGCCGGAGGAGUUUUCGGUGUUGGUGUUGGCAUCAGAUCUAGGUAUGGAUGCUCGGCCCUUCCUAGACGCACAAGCCCAGAUGGAAGAACAAGACGAGAACUGGCACGAUUGUUCUCAGUACCUCUCCGACGAAGAUUUCUCUGAUCUUGAUCUUUUGCAAUUCAUCCGCAUCCAAGGAUCCGAUAAAUCUGGUAAUCGUAUUCUACGCAUCGUCGGAAAGUACCUUCCCGCUCCAGUGGUAAGUGGGGAACGCCUGAAGAAGUAUGUCUUUCACAAGAUAGUGAGUGAACUGCCAGAAGGACCAUUCUGCAUUGUUUACAUGCAUAGUACCGUGCAGAAGGAGGACAAUUCCCCUGGCCUAACCAUCUUGAGAUGGAUUUAUGAAGAACUUCCCUCUGACUUUAAGGAUAGGCUUCAAACCGUGUACUUUGUUCACCCUGGGUUACGUUCAAGGCUUCUCUUUGCCACUCUUGGACGAUUCUUCUUAAGUGGAGGCUUAUACUGGAAAAUCAAGUAUGUCAGCCGCCUGCAGUACCUUUGGGAAGAUGUAAAGAAGGGAGAGGUCGAGAUUCCUGAAUUUGUGCAAAGCCAUGAUGAUGUUCUUGAGCAUAGACCACUGACGGAUUAUGGAAUUGAACCUGAUCCCCUCCACUUAACCGAGAUGCCUUCCACUGCCUACUCGUUUGGAAGGUACGAGGAGAGAUGGACAUCGAGGGAGUGUAUGUCGUAAGUGUGGUUAUGUAGUAAGACACCCAUGCUUUGUCCAAGAUAAUGGGAACAUUGCGUACCUCCUGCUUUUGAUAACAUCUAGGUGUUUCUUGUAAACUAAUUCGAGCAAUAUUUAUGUAUAUACACAGAUGUUACCCACUACUCACUCUUAAAAUAUUUCAUAGCAGGCUGUUUUCAUGAAA